AUGGCGCGCUUCCAGAUGAGCAACCUGGUCGGCGACCCCUUUGCGCUGGCAACCGUAUCGAUAGGCAUGCUGGCGUGGAUCAUCGGCGUUGUCUCGUGCAGCAUCGCCCAUACGAAGGAGGUGGUCCCAAACUUCUUCUGGUGGUCGAUUGCAUACCAGCUCUGCGUCCUGGUCGGCGUUGCGGUCGUGAUGGGCUCGAAUACCAGCCACAUCUACGGCACGGCGGUUGUUGGAUACGCUGCUGCCGGCCUUGUCUGCACUACAUUUACCCUCGAUAGCCUGGUCACCAGCAAGCAGGGCGCCAGACAGUCUGCCGGCGCCGGUCUCAUCCUCCUCGCCAUGACAGACAUUGUCUGGAUCUUCUACUUCGGCUCAACCUCCCAGUCAGGGCCUAGGGCGUACAUUGACUCGUUUGCGCCUCACAAGGAACAGCCACACAGCUACCGCAACAGCAAGCCCAUCUCUCACAGCUACACGCCCCGUCCCGAAACAACUGUCUCCUCCGCCCACCCACACAUGUACUCGUCCGCACCUCUCAGCGGGUUCGAAACCUCCUCGCCCAUGACUGGAUUCAACCCUGCCGCCGCCAGCACAACGGGCCUCCAGCCUGUCCUCGGCUCGCAGACCAACGCUAGCACUGUCGGCGGUGAGACAGGCGAGGUAGGACAGCCGACGGAGUACCCCUACCGUGCCAAGGCGAUAUAUUCGUAUGAAGCCAACCCAGAUGACGCGAACGAGAUCAGUUUCACAAAACAUGAGAUUCUCGAGGUUUCGGACGUCAGCGGGCGAUGGUGGCAGGCGAAGAAGUCGACGGGUGAGACGGGAAUUGCACCGUCGAACUAUCUCAUCCUUCUCUAA